AUGCAGGACAGCUGCCAUAAGUGUGACAUCCGGGACUACUGGAACCGACAGUGUUGGUGGAGCCCAUAUUCACAGGACUACCCGACAUUUGGUCUCGGGGGUCCUGGAGAGAGUGCCUCCAUUUUCCACUUUCCGACUCUAUGGACAUUGAUCCCAUCUGCGCUUGCCGGAGCUGGAGGAUCCGCCGUAAGCCGGAUCGGCAACCACCCAGCACCCUCAGAAAUCUCCUGGGCUACUCGAGAAUCCGAGACAACUAAAGAUGGGCCGGCGUUUACGAGCCCGUGCCGCUGA